GACGGGUCUCGUGAAAUUCCAAAGGUAAAGCAGCUGACUGAGAAGAGAGGGUGAGACGAAAACAAACGCAGUUGGAUGAUUUAAAGGAGCCAUGGCAUUAAGAAGUCUCUUCCUUUAUACCUUGAGCCUGCCCGUCCUGGUGCAGAUGCCCAGUAGCAGAGCCUGUAGGACUGGAUCGGGGUCAGAGUGUGAGAAAGCCCCCUUUGUGCCUGGCUACAACCUGGCAGGGGAGGGCUUCGACGUGGUCAGGAUGCGUCGUAAAGGGGCCUAUGUCAUCAACGUCAAAGCCCACCUGUCUGACAACCACACAUGUAUUCUCUGUGAGAACCGCUUCCAGGAGGGACAGGUCCAGAGGCUGCCUUCUGCCGUGCUGGACUGGCGUCCAUUGAGCCGCUGCAGCAAGCAGCUAUCCAGUGCCCUGCACCACUCUGUGGACUCCCUACUACGUAGCUCUAGCUCCCUCAUCAACAACAACUGGGGUAUGGACCUGAGGCUAGAGACUUAUGGCAAGGCAGUGCUGGGGGGCAGCCGCUCCGAAAUGGCCAAGUUUGCCAGAUCCCAGCACAGUGUGGACAAGGCCACCUUUGCCACCCAUGAGAUCAGCUGUACAUACUACAGUUACAGGCUGGCAGACCAUCCGGACCUCAGCGCUGAAUUUGCUAAACAUCUCAAGAGACUGCCACAGGAGCUUGACAACAAGAGCAAAUUGCUGUACCGGCGGAUGAUCGACACGUACGGCACUCAUUACAUCCGUCAGGUACAGCUGGGUGGUAGGGUGAGGCGCGUCACUGCCUUCCGCACCUGCCUGGCCACCCUGAAGGGCUUCUCAGAGUCCGAGAUAAAGACCUGCUUAAAUGUUGAGCUGAAAAUGGCCUUAGGCUUCCUCCCAGCAAACGCGUCCUUCUCCAACAAAUGUGACGACCUCCUUAAGGGGAACAUGAGCAUGGGCUUCUACCAGGGGUUUAUGACCCACAAGAUUGAGGUUCUAGGAGGGGAAAAGUAUUUUCCCGAUAUCUUGUACCAUCAGGACCCGUCCGAAGCAUACCAUAGCUGGAUGAACAGCUUGCAUGAUAAUCCAGAUGUGGUCUCCUAUGCUAUAUUCCCCCUGCACAACCUGGUUGAUGAUCCAGAGGUUAGUGCCAACCUGAGGAGCACGGUGACAGAGUACAUUGACGAGAACAAGCUUCCUGUAGACCAGGGGGAAUUCAAAACCUGCUCCCCGACCCCUAACCUGGAUCACAACUGUUGUCCUCUACGGGCAGGCCGCGGGACUCUCAGGGUAAUGGUCCACAGAGCCGCAGGUUUGAGAGCAGAUACCUUCACAAAGACUGAUGGCUAUGUUAAAAUAUGGUACAAUGGCAUGUAUGAGGAAACAAAUACUGUCAUGGAUGAUAAUGAUCCGGUAUGGAAUGCCACGUACAACUUUGGCUCAGUGGAGUUUGGUCAUCAGCUGCUGUUUGAGGUUUGGGACAGAGAUGUGAUUUACAAUGACAUGGCAGGAAGAUGUUUGGUCUUCCCUGAACGAGGAACUCAUUCACACAGCUGUCAGCUAAAGAAAGGGGUUCUGCACUUCACUUACAGCUCUGAAUGUGACGCCCACUUAACAGGCUACAGGUGUGGACGGUACUCUCCUAGUACAUAAGGUUAUGGAUUGAAAAUACACCUUGGUCGUAUUCAUUAGUGCACACCGUAGCAAAAUAUUUUGCAACGGGGGGGGGGGGGGACACAAGCAUUU